AAAAUAGGAAUCAAUCGCCAGGGCACAAUGAGCCAUUUAUCUCUUCUUUGUGUGUAGGAUUGUCAUCUCGCUCGGACUUAGGGUUUCUUAAGAUUUUUUUUGGCUUCGAAACAGUAGCGCCGACGCGUCGCCAUGAGUGCCCAGACCCCCGAGGAGCUCCUCGCCGCUCAGCUCGAGCAACAAAAAAUCAACCUUGAUGAGCCUGUUGUUGAGGAUGAUGAUGAUGAAGAUGAUGAUGAGGACGAUGAUGAUAAAGAUGAUGAUGAUGUGGAAGGUGCAGGAGGUGAUGCAAGUGGUAGGUCUAAGCAGAGCAGAAGUGAAAAAAAGAGCAGAAAGGCCAUGCUGAAGCUCGGAAUGAAGCCAAUCACUGGUGUUAGCCGUGUUACAGUAAAGAAAAGCAAGAACAUACUCUUCGUGAUUUCAAAGCCAGAUGUAUUUAAGAGCCCAAAUUCAGAUACAUAUGUCAUAUUCGGGGAAGCGAAGAUCGAAGACCUGAGCUCUCAAUUGCAAACCCAGGCUGCUGAGCAAUUCAAGGCCCCUGAUCUGAGCCAUGUGAUAAGCAAGCCGGAGACAUCUACCAUUGCUCAAGACGACGAAGAAGUCGAUGAGACUGGUGUGGAGCCAAAGGACAUUGAGCUUGUGAUGACUCAGGCUAGUGUUUCAAGGGCAAAAGCUGUGAAGGCUCUUAAAGCCGCCGAUGGUGAUAUUGUUACUGCAAUCAUGGAGUUGACCAACUAAAUCCAGAUUGAACAUCUGGAUUUGGUUUUUCUUUUAUUGUUGAUGCACUUUUUGUCAUGGAUUUCAGAUUUCUUCCUUGAUUACUUCUACAUUCCCUGUUCUUCAUCUUUCAGCCGUAAACUUACUUUAAUAUUAUGGUACUCAUCUUUGUAAACUGCUUUUCGUUGAUUGUUUCUUGGAGAGAUUUUAUCAAGGCUGCAUUUGUCAUGUUUUCUUGUUGCAGAAUGAAAAAUGUCUUUCAGAUGUUCAGACCUGGAAGAAUAUUUGACGUUUUUGCCUUCAUAAAAUGUAGGAAUUUCAAAAUGCAUGAAAACUGAAGAAUUAGUGUA